UAUUGAAAAAUAAACUUCAAACAUGUCAGCAACUAAAGGUAUUCCGGUGAACAUUGCGAAGUUAUUAUCAUUGUUCAAAACUGUAGUUCCAAAAUCUACAUGUAACAAAUAUAAAGGACAAUGUGGAUGCAUUGGGGUAAUCGGAGGUUCUUUAGAAUAUACUGGUGCGCCUUAUUUCGCGGCUAUAUCUUCACUAAAAGUUGGUGCUGAUUUGGCGCAUGUAUUCUGUCAUUCAAAUGCGUCAACUGCCAUUAAAACUUACAGCCCCGAUCUUAUAGUUCAUCCAGUACUAGAUUGCCCAGAUGCUGUGGAUAAAAUCCUCCCAUGGUUGGAACGACUACAUGUUAUUGUGUUUGGACCUGGAUUAGGUCGGGAUCCGAAAAUUAUAGAGACAGCAACUAAUUUACUAAAAUUGUGUCUCAGUGCAAAAAAACCAAUUGUUAUCGAUGCCGACGGAUUGUUCAUUCUGAAUGAUAAUAUCGAUUUAAUUUAUGGGCAUAGUAAUGUCAUAUUGACUCCAAAUGCCAUUGAAUUCCGGAGACUAUUUGGAGAAGAUAUUAAUGUUACACGACAUAAAAUAUCACUCCUCGGAGAUGGAAUAGUAAUUCUUGAAAAAGGCUUAAAUGAUAAAAUUUACAUUUCCCAAACCAAUGAAAUUUACAUUAUGCCUAGUGGUGGUUCCGGGAGAAGAUGUGGUGGACAAGGCGAUUUACUUAGUGGAUCACUAGCUACAUUUUUGUACUGGUCGUUACAGUCAAAUCAACCUAACCCUGUAUAUCUUGCAGCAUGCGCAUCAAGCUAUUUUAUUAAACGAUUGAACUACGCUUCAUUCCAAAAGUUGGGUCGUAGUACUGUUGCAAGUGAUAUGAUAAAUGAAAUAUAUACAGUUUUCCGGAAUGAUUUUGAAAGCUGAUAUAAAAUGUAGUAUAUUUUGCAUAUUAUAUAAUUUUUCCUAGUUAAAAAUUAUCGAAGUGUUUUGAAAUUACACUUACAAUAAAAGUAAUGUUGACGAA